ACUAGGUGGCGGUAUUCACCUGGAAUAGAAAAGAAGAAGAACAUUUCCGGCGGAAGUAAACAACAACAGCGUCACCUCUACAGCAGCCUCUCAGUAGUAUUGAUUAUUUAUAUAUUAUAGCAUCUAUAUAUUAUAGCAUCUAUUCGAUACUUGCUCCAGGGAGCCCUUAUUAUAAGCGCCUAUGAUUACGUCACCGUUGCCGCCAUGUUGGAUGCAGCUCUGGUUAGCAGUAGAAGAAGAUGCUUCAUUCAUAUUCUGCGUUGAGUUGAAACCGCUGCGCAUCAGCGGCAUCACCUUUCACUAAAUGGAAACAUGCUUAUUACCGAGUUACUUAAACUUUUGCAUCAACCAAACUUUAGACGAACGAGUCUUUGUUAAACAAACGGGUCUGACUCUUCAGCUCAAACAUGGUCACCGCCCCCAAACUCAACUGACAUGACGACACCUGUCCGUCAACGCAGCAACUGACCAAUCCGCGGUCGCAAUGUGACUCCAGUGAAACGCCCCUUACCUGGAGGAACGGAAGCCAUCUCUACCUCCGACAACAUUGGCGGGGUUCCGCAUCGCGAACGCAGAGAUUUGGUGUAAAAUUACAGGGAAUCAUGGUUAAACGUUGUCAGUGGGGAACAUGCAACUCCGACACCCGCUACCCGGAGCGCUUAGAGGGCGGGAUACACUUUAUUCCGUUUCCCAAACCCAAACGGAGUCUGGAGAAAUGUAGACGAUGGAUCAAGGCCUGCGGUCGACCUCAUAACCGCUUGAAUGAAACAAUGAUUAAUGGAAACUACCACAUGUUUGUCUGCACGAAGCAUUUUCCAGAAGGCAAGCCAACAGACAGAUUUCCAGAUCCGGUUUCUUUUGAUCCCAAAGCCUCAAAAACCUCCAAACCAGUCAGGCGUCUCCGGGACUGGACCCGGACCCGGGACCGGCGCCGGUGCCACGGAUCCCCAGCAUCAAAACCAGAAGACACACUUAGCCACUUAGGUAAAAUCCUCCAGAGUGAGAAGAACCGUCGCUCACAGCCGGGACACUCUGAUGCUGUUGGGACUUCUUCACCAAGAUUUUCUGCACGGGGAAAACUGGACCUGUUCGCUGAAAACGAGGCUUUGAAACAACAGCUGAGAGCAGAUCAAGAGAUUUAUGCCACAAAGAUUUCUGAACUGGUGCUGAAAAACAAACUUCUUCAGCGGGAAAACAUGAAACUCCGGAGGAAUCUUCAUGGAAAGACUCAAAAAGAAAAUUCAUCAGGAAGCUUCGUAACGCCGGACAGUUUCAUGGUGACCGUCGACACACAGGGAAACUCUGCAGAGCAGCUGAAACUGAUGUUUCCAAAAGAGAGUGAGUGCGGGAAGCAGUGGGAAGUGUCGGCCACGCUGUGCAGUGAGCAUUUCAGACCAGCGGACUUCCACAGGACGGGUCAGACCGUCCGGCUCCGAGCCGGGGCCCUCCCUUCAGUCUUCAGUUUUCCAUCUCAUCUCCACACGGCUUUGUGUACCAGCAGGGCUCCGGAGACCCCGACACUGCAGCUCUUCCAGCUGGUCCAGGAGCCGGGCCCCCAGCCGGGCCCCCAGCCUGGACCCCAACAUGCUGUAUCCAUAGCGGCAACGGCUGAGACAAAAAGCCCUCAACCAAUCAAAGAAGAGCGUGUUGAACUGUGGAUCGUUCAGGAUGGAGGGCGGCUCGUAGUGAAGCAGGAGACCGACGGCUCUCUGGAGAACCCUGUGUGUGAAAAACUCCACCAGGGACCAGAGCAGACCCUACAGACUAAAGAGGAACCGGAACCUCUGCAGAUUAAAGAGGAACCAGAACCUCUGCAGAUUAAAGAGGAACCAGAACCUCUGCAGAUUAAAGAGGAGCUGGUGGAUUUCCAUGGCGAUGGGGUUAAAGGUCAGCUUGUAGUGAAGCUGGAGCCUGAAACCUUCAUUGUGACUCAAACUACAGAGCAAAAACACGACCAUGAACCAAACCAGAACCAGAACCAGAUCCUCUCUGCUAACCAACCUGAGGCUGAGAACCAGCAUCACCACAGAAGAAUCCAGGAAGAUGUAGAUCUGGAACUGGAGGUCACCAGAAGCCACUGGGUCAAUAUGGACGAUUCACCACUGAGACAUGAAACAGGUGAAACAACGUCCUCCUGUGACAGUGAUGAUGAUGAUAAGGAAUUUUGGCGUUUGGCUCUUCACAUGGGUAGGAAGCCUUUGUCAUGUCCAAAGCGUGGAAAAUAUUCAGCUCGCUCUUUCAUAAAAAACAAUCACAGGAAAAGGCGCAGCGGCGAUGAACGAUAUUCUUGCCAAGUGUGUCAUAAAUUCUUCACUCUAAAAUCCAGCUUAGUUUGCCACCUUCGAAUUCACACAGGUGAGAAACCCUUUCCUUGUAAACUGUGUGAGAAAUCUUUCAAACAGCGAGGUACCCUGACUAUUCACCUGAGAACUCACACAGGUGAGAAACCUUACUCAUGUGUAACUUGUGGCAAACGUUUCAUCUCAAAUUCUUCAUUAACUGCUCAUUGGAGAACUCACACAAGACUGAAGUUGUAUGUUUGUAAAUUCUGUGAUAAAUCUUUUAAACGUCAUGGAACCUUGGCUAUUCACCUUAAAGCUCACAAGCAGGAUCCUUGUUAAAUUGAAAAAUCUGUUCAUCACCCCAGGAACUUCAGACACACAAGCUGAUUCUGUGGAAAAUCAUAUAAAGUUGUAAUGUGACUCAUACAAGUGAGAUAAGAUCCAGUCUUAUCUAUAAACUGUAGUAAAUCUUUUGAAUCCAUGCGUUGUGCAGCAAUGGUUCGUUUUGGCUGGUAAUAAGUUCCAGACACAAACAAAGUUUGUAGCUUUGAUCAAAAUGACCAAAUUAAAGCAACAGCUGAUUUUCA